AUGAAGACGCUGAUUGUAUUGUUGGUUUUCCUUGCUGCAGCCUGGGCAGAGGAGCAGGAUAAGGUGACACAUGGCGGACCUUGUGAGAAGGACUCUCACCCCUACCAAGCUGCACUCUACACCUCAGGACACUUGCUGUGCGGUGGUGUCCUCAUUCACCCUCAGUGGGUGCUCACAGCUGCCCACUGCAAAAAACCGAAACUCGAGGUCUACCUGGGGAAGCACAACCUGCAGCAGAGGGAGAAAUCACAAGAGCAGAACUCUGUUAUCCGGACUGUGGUUCAUCCCCACUACAAUGCUGCCACCCAUGACCAGGACAUCAUGCUGUUACGCCUGGCACGUCCUGUAAAAUUCUCCAAAUGGAUCCAGCCACUGCCCCUGACAAGGGACUGCUCCAUCAGACAAAACAGCUGCCAUAUCCUGGGCUGGGGCAAGACGGAAGAUGGUGGUUUUCCCGACGCCAUCCAGUGUGCGUACAUUCACCUGGUGCCCCGUGAGGAGUGUGAGCGUGCCUACCCCGGCCAGAUCACCUCAAACAUGGUGUGCGCGGGCGACGAGAAGUACGGGAAGGAUUCCUGCCAGGGUGAUUCCGGAGGUCCGCUGGUAUGUGGAGACUACCUCCGAGGCCUUGUGUCAUGGGGUAAUGUCCCCUGUGGAUCCAAAGAGAAGCCAGGAGUCUACACUGACGUCUGCAGAUACGUUGACUGGAUCCAAAACACCAUUAAAACCAAAUGA